CGACGGGCUGCGCGCCGCCCCGCCCAUCUCCACCGGGCGCGUCUCUCCAAGGGCAGGUGGCCAUGGCGGCGGCUGCGCGCGCGCUGCGCGGGGCGCUCGUGCUGCAGCAGCAGCGCUGGAGCUCGGGAUCGGGCGCCGACCAGCUGGGCGAGCUGGGCAAAGGUGCCGGGAAGGGCGGCGGCGGCGGCGGCGCGAUCCGCGAGGCCGGGGGCGCCUUCGGGAAGAAGCAGGCGGCCGAGGAGGAGCGGUACUUCAGGGAGAAGGAGAGGGAGCAGCUCGCGGCCUUGCGGGAGCACCAUGAGGAGGAGAUCGAUCACCACAAGAAAGAGAUAGAGCGUCUGCAGAAAGAAAUUGAGCGUCAUAAGUAUAAGAUUAAGAAACUUAAAGACGAUGACUGAGCUGGUGCUGUUGUUGAAUGUGCAUGGCCAAUACUGCUUGUGGUGUAAAACAGCGUUUAAAACUAUGUAUUGGUCUACAUAAUCCAAAUUCAUCCAAUUAUACAGUGCUCUACAGCAAUGCCAAAUAAACUACUCAGUCUCCCUC